UUCUCAAAGAUUUGGUUUUAAACCCACAGCUUCAAUCCCAGAAUACUGCAAAUAUUGUCUCUGUUUUAAUAAAUAGAUCUCCUUUAUUUCCCACACACAUGAGACAGAAAUUAGAUAUACUGAUUAAAAAUCUGAUCUACAGUCUACAUUCUUGAACCAUGGUCCCCAGACAGAUUGCUGCCUCCUGAAAGCAGAGCUACAAUUUAUACAUAGCUACACAAUAAAGUCCUAAUUUUCUAACUUUAGAAAGGUUUGGCAGCUUGCAGGUCACUGCAGGCUACUGGUUUAGUCUGCCACUGGCUGAAGUUUUAUAGCUUUAUUCAAGUCACACAUUUAAAAGAAUAAUGGCUAGUGAAAUCAUAAAUAAGUGGGAUUCCACAGCAAGAAUGACCUGAAAUGGACCUCACUGUACUUCCAAUGGCCUGAUGUCAACUAUUAUUGAACUACAGGUUUUAUGAAGUCUUCCACUAGACGUCUAGAGUUAAGCCAGAAGUUUUGGCUCUAAUACAGGCAGUGAUGAAAAACAUAUGAGUGGUAACAAGUCGCCUUAAUAUCAUUCUUCAGUACAAAGAUGGGCUAAUCUGAAGCAGCACUUUACUCUGGUAUCACCCACGGUGCCAGAAGGAUCAAGAAGCUUGGAAGUGGAUUUUUCUUUAUAUAUGCUUUUCAUUUCAUAGAAUUCACUCUAACUUGCUUUUUCCUUAUUUUUUUGUAAUAUGAAAUAACUGGACAUAAGGAUCUUAGGUGGAUUAUCCCAGUGCUUCCAGAAGAACUUCCAAACCUGCAAGAUUGGUUAUCCUGAUUAAGAAGAUAUGAAAGAAUACACACUCCUUCUCUUCUUGGCUUUGUGCUCUGCCAAAUCCCUCACUGGUCCUUCAUAUUUUACACUCAAGAAUAUGAUGCUUCAAGAUAUGGAAGACGAUGAUGAUGAUGACGAUGAUGACAAUUCUCUGUUUCCAACCACUGAACCCAUUCUACCACUAAUUCCUUUUGAUCUGUUCCCAACAUGCCCCUUUGGAUGCCAGUGCUAUGUGAGAGUUGUCCAUUGCUCUGACCUAGGUUUGACAUCAAUUCCUCGCAACAUCCCACCAGACACUCGUAUGAUCGACCUUCAAAACAAUAAAAUCAAAGAGGUCAAGGAAAACGAUCUCCGAGGACUCACAUCACUUUAUGCCCUGGCUUUGAACAACAAUAAAAUAUACAAGAUCCAUCCCAAAGCCUUUGAAUCAACAAAGAGGCUACGACGACUUUAUUUGUCUCACAACCAACUGACAGAGAUUCCAACAAAUCUACCCAGAACUCUGGCAGAACUCAGAAUUCAUGCUAAUAAGGUUAAAAAAAUCCCCAAGGAUGUAUUUAAAGGAAUGAAGUCUCUACAUGUUUUAGAAAUGAGUGCAAAUCCUCUUAACAAUGAUGGAAUAGAGCCAGGGGCUUUUGAAGGGGUAAAUAUCUACCACAUACGAAUUGCAGAGGCAAAGUUAACUUCAAUUCCUAAAGAUUUGCCCUCCAGUCUUCUGGAGCUUCACUUAGAUGACAAUAAGAUCACAGGAAUCGAACUUGAGGAUUUUAACCGUUACAAAGACCUUCAAAGGCUAGGCCUUGGCAAUAAUAAAAUCAAAGAAGUGGAAAAUGGAAGUUUUGCCAACAUCCCAAGUAUACGUGAAAUCCACCUGGAAAAAAACAAGCUGAAGAAAGUUCCUCCUGGAUUACCUGAACUGAAAUACCUGCAGGUCGUGUUCCUUCAUUCCAACCAUAUUGCCAAACUGGGAGUGAAUGAUUUCUGUCCAACAGGACGAAGGAAGAAGAAAGCUCUGUACAGCGGCAUCAGCCUCUUCAACAACCCUGUCAAGUACUGGGAGGUCCAGCCUUCAACCUUCCGCUGCAUUUUAGCCAGGAACAGUGUUCAGCUUGGGAAUUUCCUCAAGUGAGACCCAAGUUGGUUGUUUCAAAAAACAACUUGUCCAAAUCAGUUUUACAAUACUUGAAAUUUGCAGGAAAAUGCUGAUUUUAUGCUAUUUAACCGUUUACAAAGUAUUUGCUAUUUCAGAGGUAAUUAAUUAGAAACAAUAUGUUAAGUAGGAUCCAUUGUAUUAUUUGACAAUGUUCAACCUACAUUUGAAUAAUUUAAACAAAAGUCUUUAUAUCUUACGGAAGGACUCUUAGAAGUGGAACUGGAAACUGUAUUUGAUGUUUCCUAUUAUAGAUGUUAAAUACCUUCCUUAAAUCACACAGUUUGGACAUAUUCUUUCUUUCCAAUAAAUCCUAAAAAUCACGUGGAAGUGACUUUAUCCACAGUUAGGAAAAAGUGACCUAGCUUCUCUUCCAGAACAUGUUGAGGGAAAAGUUGCAAAACCAAAAAUUACCAGACUUGUGCCAUUUUUGGUAAUGAGCAAAGAUGCAAUGAAAAGCUACAAUACUAUCAGGUAGUUGUCUCUAAGCUAGAAUGUAUUCUUACAAUCUUUUAAGUGAGAUAAAGGCAAGUUUCAUAUCAAGAACAGACAAAAAGUCUUUUAAAGCUAUUGGCAAUUUUUCCUUGCAACCUUAACAGGAAAAUGUCCUUCAGUAUUUUGCUAUUGACAGAAUUGGAUGCAGUCUGAAUAUUAAAAGUAGGAUUCAAGAUUUAUCAUAUGCUUCAAGCUUAAUAGGAAUGACUAUUAAACUCCCUUUAGGCCAGCACAAACAUUUUUCUUUUACCUAUAACAACUGUAAUCGUGUUUUUCACUUUAUUCUUUUCCUCUUUAUAUUUUGACAUCACACGGGUUAAGGACACCUCCUUAAUGAAAGUACCUUACAAUUACAAAAAAAAAAAGCAGCUGGAACUCGCCUGCCCUGCCCUUCCUGUGCAGGGCAGCACACAGAACUCUCAAUACUGACAGUACUGUAUAAAAUGGAUAUUUUUAGAUAUCUAUUUAGUGUAUAUUUGCUAUCGGGAUUCAAAAUAAAUUAAAUAAAC